UUUUGCUAGGAUAAGCCUCAAUACUUUAGGAAAUGAGGCUUUUCAUAGCAAAAAGAGAAGAUACAUAAUUAAGCUCAACAAGUAACCAUAUCUCAAUACAUAUCUAUAAAUAAGCUCCAAAGGUUUGUUUUUUCUUAUUAAGUUCACCAUAAAUCUUCUUCAAUGGCAAGCACAUUAUUGACAUGCUCUGCUGCUUCAACCCUCGUGUCGAACCGGGCCUCAUCCAGUCCAUUACCAAAUGGGUUGGGCCCCCGUUCGACAGCACCAUCACUAAUUAUUAAGACCCCUUCUUCAAGACCUUCUAUGGUGGUUAGAGCCCAACAAGCAGGAAGUGGAACACCGAGGAGAAUUGAGCCAAUCUCAUCUGAACAACAAAUCCCAAAAAAGGUUGCCCUACUAGAAACUUCUCCUUAUGUGCGCACUCCAUGGAAUACUAGUGAGGACGAGCAUGAGAUCAAGAUGUGGUUUGACAUGCCAGGACUAGCUGGUGAAAACAUAGAAGUGGAGGUUGUGGAUGACUUGCUUUACAUCAAAGGAGAUGGGGGUGUAGACGCAUUUGGUAACAAGAUCUUGAGUCCUUUCGAUAGUAGGGUUCAACUUCCUCAUAACUCUUGGAAGGAAGAGAUUACGGCCGUGUUUAAGAAUGGUGUCCUCUACAUAACUGUGCCUAAGAUCACCAAAUUCGAGCACAAAGUUAUUCAUGUUCCUGUUAGAUCCAUUUCAUAACUAUAAUCAUUUGCUAGUGAAAUUGGUCUUCUGAACUUUAUGGAUUGCUUCAUACAUAAGAAAUAUGCUUUGAAUAAAUGUGUAAAAGAGAAGCUCAAGUCAUAUGUUAAAAUUGUAUGUACUAAAGUUAUAUAAAUUGGUUGCUUGUUGGAGCUACCUAUACUAAUAAUAAAUAAAAUUAUACAAAUGAUCGAUA